AUGGCUUCAAGACCACCUGGGUCCAGUCCUAAUUCCCAGGAAGACUCUGCCGAGUAUCUCAGAUUCCUUCUAAACAGGUACAUAUACUUGGUCUAUACUUAGUCUAUUUAACUAGUAAUUGUUGACUAGUUAUUGUCGUCAUUCAUUUGAUCUCCCUUUGAUUUCAUCCUUAAACAUUGUGAAGAAUAGCAAAAUACACAAUAUAAAACGGUAUUAUUGAAUUCAUUUUAACUGAUAAAUUAGGAGAUCUUUCUUUAUAACAUAGCUCAGGUUCAGUGCUAAAAUCUACAUAUUAGCUAAUUAGUCUUUAAAAGAUACACUAUGUGUGCAUAAGACAAAUCUUGAAGCUUUUAAAUUUCCAUUGUUCUUGCUUAAUAUUUGUUUGUGCAUUAGAUUGCAAGAAGAGGAGAAAUCAACACAGUAUUCAACACCUCAGAGCACAGAACUGGGAAAGGAAGAAAAAACUGUGAUAGAAAGCAUGUUUGGGGGAAAGCUGAAAACAAACACUUGUUGUAAGACCUGCAAAAGCACCUCCCAUAAGAGAGAAGGUUUCACUGAUCUUCCUCUGGCUUUCUCUUCAUUUGUCAAACCAGCACCGGUAAUGGCAUGCUCUACCGAGAAAAAACAUUACGAUUCUGUUACAAUCAAUAUGACCCCAGCUGCAGAAUCACCCACUGACGAAAACAUGAGACAUGGGCCUAGCAACAUCUCAUGUCAAAAAACUGGAGAGGAAAAGACAAAGGAAACACCUACGGUAAAAGACCUCCUAAGUAGUUUCCUGGCACCAGAGGUUCUCGAUGGAGAUAACAAGUAUCAGUGUCAAACAUGUGCUUCCCUCCAGACAGCAGAAAGGACUAAGAUGAUCGUGGAAGAGACACAAUAUCUCAUUUUAACUUUACUGCGAUUUGCCUAUGAUACCAUCUGCAAUGUGAAGCGUAAGAUAUUGGAUCCUGUGUCCAUUCCACUCGUACUGGAUUUGCCUGUAGAGAGAUCAACAUCUCGGGCUGCAUCAGCAGAUCAGACACUGGAGAAUGAGAAUAGAAGACCUGAGGUAGAAGACCUGUCACAUAACCAACAACAAGUGCCCUAUGUUUUAAAUUCUGUUGUGGUCCAUUCUGGGUUAUCAUCUGACAGUGGUCAUUAUUAUUCUUAUGCGAGGGACAUAUCUGAUAAUUCAGGGUGUUCCUAUUCUGAAAAAUACUCUUCGACCCUUGGCUCUGUGAAUGGAAAUGAAGAAUGGUUUCUGUUUGAUGACAGCAGUGUUUCCAGGAAAACAACACACUUCGUAUUAAACAGACAGCCUUCCCUGGCCACACCAUAUAUACUGAUUUAUAAAAAAUCCAACUGUGGGGAGACACAAAGUGUUUAG